CUUAUCCCUAUUGUUGAAACUAAGAGUGAGAAAAAGAAUGCUGUAAAUGGGAGCUACAUUGCUCAGAUAAAUCCUGCAGAUAAAGGGUGCCUGCUUGAGAAGUACAGCAGUAAAUACACUGACUGCGAGUUUGGGCUGUUGGCCAACCUUUAUGCCAGUGAGGGCCAACCUGGUAAGGUCAUUGAAGUGAAAGCCAAUGGAAGAACUGGGGAACUCAACUUUGUGUCUUGUCUGAGACAAAUUUUAGAGAAACACUAUGGAGAAAAGCCAGUUGGGAUGGGUGGUACCUUUAUCAUUCAGAAGGGGAAAGCAAAGAUUCACAUUAUGCCUCCAGAAUUUUCUGCCUGUCCUCUGAACACCGAUGAGGAUGUGAAUAACUGGCUCAAAUUCUUUGAAAUGAAGGCUCCACUGAUUUGCCAGCCAGUAAUAGUUUCCAGAGAUCCA